AUGGCAGUCAAGGCAGGAAAGAGGAAGAAGGGAGAAGGAGAUCCUGCUGCAGCAGCAGCAGCAGCAGGGUCAGCAGCAACAGAUGCAGCAGCAACAGCAGCAGCAGCAGCAAAGAAGAAACGUAAAAUACAAAAGGGGCCCCUACAAGAUGUUGAGGGGCCCCCCUCGGCUGUAUCUGCUGCAGCACAGCCCAUAGAAGAAAGGAAGAAGAAAAAGAAGAAGCAGCAGCAGCAACAAGAACAACAACAACAGCAACAACAGCAGCAGCAGGAGCAGCAGCAGCAGCAGGUUGCUGCUAAGGAGACACAAGGGCAAUUAAAGAAAAAGAAGAAAAAGAAUAAAUCUUCUGCUGCUAAACAAAUACAGGAAAAAAAAGAAAUAAAAAAAGAAGACGUUAGUGCAUCAGGCAGCAGCAGCGACGAAGACAGCAGCAGCAGCAGCAGCAGCAGCAACAGCAGCAGCAGCACAGGGCAGCAGCAGUUUUCCUUUGCUGCAGCAGCGAAGGUGCCCACUGCAGCAACAAACGGAGCAGAGGCAUCAUCAUCAGCAGCAGCAACAGAUGCAGCAGCAGCAGCAGCAGCAGCAGCAGCAGCAGCAAAGUGGGGUCAGGGGCGGCGAUGGGUAGUGCUGCUAACACACUGCCCUUUGCUGCUGCUGCGUCGCCGUCGCAGCAGCAGCAGCAGCAGCAGCAGCAAGAGGAAGCAGCAAGAAGAGCAGCAUUCUUCUUUAUUUGCUGCAGAUGAUCAUAAGAAUCUUGUUGAGUCUCUUCUUGCUGCAGGUCUAUCUGAGGAGACAGCAGCAGCAGGAGCAGCAGGCAGCAGCAGCAGCAGCAGCAGCAGCAGCAGCAGGAAGAAGGGCCUUAACCCAGUUAUGCCAUUAAUACGUCGUGUACAGAGACACCUAACAUCUGUCUCCUCAAGUGUCUCCUCAGCAAACAGCAGCAGCAGCAGCAGCAGCAGCACGAGCAGCAGCAGUAAGAGUAGGAUAGAUCCAUUAAGGAGACAAAUAGAUGAAUGUGCAGCAGCAGAAGCAGCACGUGUUGCUGCAGCAGCAGCAGACCCUAAUUGGGUUGCUGCUAUCUGCAUGCGCCCUGACGUAGUUCAUCAAUGUCUCCUAAGUUUUCUUGAUUCUCCCUUAAUAAAGUUCCUACGCCAGUCGUACCACCAGCAGCAGCAGCAGCAGCAGCAGCAGCAGCAGCAGCAGCAGCAGAUAGUGCAGCAGCAGCAGCAGCAGCAGGGACUCGAGCUGCUGCUGUAUACACUUGAUGGUAAGCUGCUGCGUAUAAGUUGCUCCUUUAGGGUCCCUCGUACAUUUAAGGUAUUUAAGAAAAUAAUGGAGACACUUUUGUCCUCCCCUAUUGGUAAAUUAGAGGCUAAGCAGCAGCAGCAGCAGCAGCAGCAGCAGCAGCAGCAGCAAGAGCAGCAAGAGCAGCAGCAGCAGGAGGUGCAGCAAGAACCACUUAUUGAGGUCUUACAACCACCUUUCUAUAGAUAUUUCCCUGAAGGUAGCAGGUACGUCUCUUUCUUACUGCAGCAGCAGCAGCAGCAGCAGCAGCAGCAGCAGCAUAUAGUAGUAGCUGCAGCAGCAGCAGCAGCAUAUGUGUGGGGUGUGCGGUGUAUGUGCAGCUGGAUAGCGUUAUCUGAAUCAUCUAAGGCCCCUCCUGUCUCCUUACGUCCUUUUAUUGCUAAUUUACCUAAUGUAUUAAGGGAUAAUGCAGCAGCAGCAGCAGCAGCAGCAGGUAAGCAGCAGCACCAGCAGCAGCAACAGCAGCAGAGAGGGAAGAAGCAGCAGGAAGUACCUCCUGUUGUUUUUGUUAUCUCUGCGUCCCCGUCAAUAGAUUCGUGUCUCCUGUCUCCUUUUAUAUCAACAGAAGAGGAGACACCUAGCAGCAGCAGCAGCAGCAGCAGUAGCAGCAGCACACAGCAGCAGCAGCAGCAGCAGCAGCAGCAGCUAAUAGCUGUGGCCCCACACUCUUACUCUAUUCCUGCUGCUCUUAAGUGCGACCGUUUGCUGCACGAGUUAGGCCGCAGCGCCUUCAAGGGCAGCAGCAGCAGCAGCAGCAGCAGCAGCUCAUAA